GCAGGGGGAGGAGGGAUUAUUUGGCUGCUCCGAUGGCUUCUGCUCUGCAGCCUGCGCUCUCGUGUCUCUUUCUCGCGUGCAGUAUAUACCUCGCGCAGUGCAGUGCUUGCGUUCGCGUCGUCAACAACUCGUCCCGUCAUAUACGCACGCGAAUAUACGUGCUUGUAAACUUUAUCAGUUAUACGUGUAUUGUAUACGCCUAAACGCAGGUGUGCUUUAUACCAUGAUGAUGGAUUAUUCAUUGAGUGCCAGACUACCAGUGAAUAUACUCAUUGACAGAAGCAUGAGGUGGAGAUAAUCAAAUUGAGAGAGAGAGAGAGAGAGGGAUGGGGAGGAAGAAUCAUAUAGUGCAAGUGCUCCAAAACCGAAACGGCGGCCGAUUGACACUAGUGCUGCUCCGAACGACAGCUGCAGGGAGGUGGCGCGACUGCACCGCCCGUUCCGCGAGUUUUUAGCCGUGUGUACGGGUUAUACAUACAUUCACACCACACAGAGGAGAAAAGAGGAAGGAAGAGAAUAGAAAGAGAGCCAAACGAAUGCCAAGUGUAAUAGUAUAAAAAAAAGAACGGUGACGAGUGACGAAUGUGUAUGACGUAUACUAUCUGUGAACGAGUAUAGUGUGGAUAUACAUGUGCACAAUAACAAUGUAUACAUAUAUAUAUAUCUCUCUCUCAGUGAUUCCUAUAUAUGUAUAAGCGCGUACUCGCGAAUCUAGAGAAGCGUGUGUGUGGGUUCACGUACGUGUAUAUGUAUACAAUGUACACUGUACUUGCGUGACUGUGUGCUCGAUCUCUCGUCUCGGUUUAGUCGCUGUCUGUUUGUCUGUCUGACUUUGCUUUCCUGUUGUUUUAUAUGCUUAUUGUUAUAUAUUAUACGCUCUGCUCUCCUACAUGUUGUGUGCGCGUUCCUGUAUACGUGCGCCUCGUCGCCGCCAGUAGCGCUACCGCGGCGUAUUCACGUACACCACUUGUAUACUUACCCAGCGCGUGCAAUUUCUAAAACAGUAUAAAUUGAGAGUUGGUGGGGGAAAAAAAAAAAAAACAUACAAAUAAACCAAAUUUAGAAGUAAGAGAAGAACAAUCAGAGAAGCGAGCAGUGUAUACGUCCUUGGUAUGCACUCGUGCGUGGGAAUGUAGUACCACCAGUGCCUGUCUCCUCCCGGCAGCAUUAACGUCGUCGCCGUCGUCGAGGUACCUCUCCGCUUUUUUUUUAUUUUCCACUCUCCCAGCAUCAUCAGCGGAACUGCAAGUAUAUACUGUACACUGUAUACCUCGAACAGCGUGCAUAUAUAUACGGCCGAACGGAGCAAGUAACAGUGAUAAGGAGAGCAAGACGGUGUUCGUUCAUUCGCUUUUUUUCGUAUUAUUAUCAUUAUCCAACUAUAUACCUACUCUCCGUGAAGUACUUUUGUGGCGUGCGCGUGAAGUUGACGCAGAGGAGGAGCAGCAGUACUGCUUAGGACAGUGCGAAGUGUUGUACGUUACACAUGUGUAGCUAGUCGGGCGAUCGUAACGCGAGUUCUUCCCAAAAAGUAUUACUUGUUCGUUGCUGCAAUGACGAUUAUAGUGCUUAAGUAGUACUAAAGUGUCUAAAAUUUUUGUGCAGUGUGCACGUAUACAUGGGACUCGCCAAAACACAAAUUGUGCGCAUAUACAUUGACGUCUAACUCGCGGUGAAGUUCAAAGAAGCAGACACAUAGAGUACCUUCUUCUUCCACACACCAGCUCGCCAGCAGCAGGAGCCGGUGAAAAAUGGUAGUGAGGUAAUGCCUUGAGGAGGAGGAGAAGCAGCAGCCGCGCGAUAUUGGCCUCGAAAAUGUGAAGAAGCCGCGGGAGGCGCGGUCAUGAAGCCGCAGAAGAAGGCCGCUGCAGCGCCGAGCGGGGCCCGCAAGGCCGCGGCGGCGGCAGUAGCCAUGGUAGCCGGCAAGCGACGCGCCUCGCUCGAGAAGCCAUCGGCCGGCAACGGGACGGGUGGCGCCGUCGGGCCCGACCAGCCCGGCACCCCCAGGAAGGAGAAGAAGCCCAAGGCCGAGCCCCGGCGGAAGAGCGAGCCCAAGAAGAGGACAAGCGCUGCUCUCGAGGACAAAAGGCCGCAGCUCCACUCCCAGCCGGACCAGCUUGGCGACCAACUGCACCCCAAGCCCGUCCUUGAGGACGCCACGGGGGGACAGCCCGAGUCCGGGAGUGCGGACAAAAAGGCCAAGCCUGUCUGCGGUGCUAAGCCACAGGACGAGGCCUUUGGCAAGCCGAGGAGCGCUCAGGAGGCCAAGAAGCAGAUCACUAACGGACUCGAGUGCGGUGGUGGUGGCUUCUUUGACCUGCACAAGUUCGAGACCAGGAUAUCCUCGCUGCCGAUGAAGAAGCGGCUCAAGGAGGAGAACCGCAGGCGCGAGGCCAAACUCGCCAAGUCGCUCGAGUCCUCGGCCAGGGACCCUCCGAAGAGCGUGACAGCCAAAGACAGUAGCAAAAAGCCGGUUGUAGCUGCUCCAGUGCCACCGGAGGCACAACAGCAGCACCACCAACAACAGGCGACGGUGGUACCAACCACGCCGACGACGACGACGACGACGACGACGACGACGAAGAAGGAGCCGGUCAAGAGAGAGCCGAAGCCGAAGCAGCCCAAGAAGCCCAGCCCGCCGAAGAAGGCCAGCGUCCUGGCCACGAAGAAGCCGCUCGGCAAGAAGCCCGCCGAGAAGAAAACGAAGCUAGUCAAGCCGCCGUCGUCGACCAAUGCCGCCGUGGGUCAACCGGACGAUCCGGGGAACGCGGGCGUCGCGGAUGCGGCCGGCGUCGAGGCCAAAAAGCCGGCGGCCAAGAAGAAAAAGUCGCCGUCGUUGCUGGCCAAGGGCAAGAACCUCCUGCUGAAGAAGUUCGGCGACGAGAAGCCAGCGGCCAAGCCGAGGAAGCCGGCCGUCAAAAGGGAGCCCAAGUCCAACAAGAAGAAGCAGCAGGUGGUGGCGCCCGAGAGCGCCAAGGAGCCAGAAAGCCUGGAGGUUAAAAAGUCGCCGACGCGCGAGGCGGACAAUGUCCAAACGGAGAACAUCAAGAAGGAGCUGUUGGAGGACAAGGAGCCGUCGCUGGUGACACCGCCGGUGCUCGACAGGCCAGCCAAGGAGGAGCCGACGCCGAUGACGAAGAAGAGCCAGGCCAAAGCUAGGACCGCGGCAGCGACGGCCGCGAGGAAGCAGCAGAGCGCCAACAAGAGGCAGUCGGCGCAGAAGAAACCCAAGCUGACGCCGAGCGACACGGAGGUCGAACGGGCCGACGGCACCGGUGUCCCGGAACAGAAGGGCGCCGAGGCUGCACCGGCCCAGUGCAAGGACGAGGAGUUUGGCAAGGUGAAGCCGAAGCUGGAGACCGGUGCUUCGGUGAACGGCGGGACCGAGACGUCCGAGGAGAGCGAGGACAACGGGGACGACAGCGACUACGCGAGGAGAUCCAGGCCCAGGGCGAGCGGCGGGAAGAAGGAGCGGAGUCCCUCGGAGGAGGAGCAGCUCAUGACGAACCGCAUGAAGCUCUUUGGGUUCUGGAGCGGACCCAAGCGCCACCGGGUCGCAUCGCUGAACGCCCUGGCCAAGGUGCACUGUCUCUACGAGAACGAGAACGGCGGGGUUUACCUCGGUGGCUUUUGCAAGCCCAAGCCCGAGAAGGACAAGGCCCCUCGCAAGUGCAAGGAGGAGAAGGAGGACAAGGAGGAGGGUAGCAUCGGCAAGCAGCCCAAACGGGAGAAAAAGCCCGCGGCGAAGACGAAGCCCCCCGAGGAGGCGGCGUCGACGACCGAGACGACGGUGGCGACGACGCCCGUGCCGAGCAACAAGCGGAAGCUGAGGAACGUGCCCGGGCUGAGGGGCAAGCACUACGACAUCCUCGACGGGCUGACCUCGUCCUCGUCGUCGUCGUCGUCGGACGAGGACCGCGAGUUGCGACGCGAGCGCCAGCAGGAGCGCAGGAGGAAGGAGCGCGAGCGGGACCGGCUCGAGAAAGCCAGAGAGAAGCGCCAGCAGCUCGAGGAGGAGCGCGAGCGGCAGAAGGAGACCGGCGAGAAAAAUGACAAUGAUGACGGGGAGGAGGGUAUUGACGGGGACGACAAGAGGAAGCCGAAGCAGAAGCGGCGGAAAAAGAACCCCGAGAUGAUGGACCUGAAGGACAUGGUCGUGUGCAAGCGCAUGGCCAGCCUGAACGCGUCGGCAAUACUCGCGGCCUCGUACUCGGACGAGAAGAACAGGCUGGGCACGAGCAGCGAGUCCGCGCCCAGCAGCGACUCGGAGGUCGAGUUUGUCAAGCGUAAGCGGCAAAGCGACUCCGAGAUGGAGAAGCGCAAGCAACAGCGCCAGGCCAGCGGUGGAUCCGACGCCGAUGACCUCGUCAAGCCCUCCAAGAAGGUCGUCAUCGUCAACCAGGACACCGACGUCACGAUUACCGGUGUCUACGUCAAUCAGACGCGCUCGACUCACCACGAGGGAUUCUGCAGCAUCGCCGGCAUGCAGUAUCGAAUAAGUUCGACGAGUCACACGCAGACUGCAGCCACGGCCGUUGCCACGGAACUACACGAGCAGAAGGAACAGCCGUGCAAGUCUUACACGCCUCUCGGCGCUCUGUCGUCGAUGCAGCCGCCCGGCUCGCAGGUCAACCACUCGAACAUGUCCCCCAGACGCCACUCGGCUUUCUCAGCGCCGCAUCAGCAUGGAUACUAUCAGCCGGCUGGUCCGCUGAUACAGCAUCCGCCGAUGACGCUGCCGUCGGUGAAGGGUCCACCGCCAGACCCGACGCCCACACCUCCGCAAAACUCGGAGGGCUCGGAUGACCUCGUCGCCACCUCCAGCACGUCCGGUGGCACGAGUAGCACAGGUGGUGGCUUCUAUCGCACGUACUGCCCGCAAUAUUAUGCGACGCCGCCGCAAUACCAUCAGGAUAUCUGCUACCCGCCCUCGUACUCGCAUUCUCAUCCGCACCCGCCGCCUUACUACCACAAGUACGCCCCGGCUCCCUAUCGCAGGCAGUACUACGCGUACCAGGAGACUGGAGCGGGUGGUGGUCCAGCCGGUUCCGGGGCCGGUCCCGGGGUCGUCGAGUACCAGCCGCCGCCUGGCGACUAUCUGCCCUACUACGGUGGGUAUCCGCCCCCGCCGCCCCAACCACCGCCAAAUUCGGCAUACUUGCACUCACAGGGACGACCCUUUGUAGAACACGCCUUCCAGAGCUGUCCGUGCCCCAUGCAGUCGUGUCCAAAAAACGCGGAUACUGGGCCCCUUAUUGGUAAUGGUAAGGGAGCGCCAGUUGUAUCGGGGCCCGGUCUGUCAUUGCCACCCAGCGCCUUGGUGGGGCCGCCCUCGCCCGCGCGGGGUCUAGCCGGGCUAGCACCCGCACACGGGGCCAACGCCUGGGACACGGACCGCGUCCAGCUCAAUCAUCAUCCUCAUCAUCAGUAUCAGCAGCAGCAGCAGCAGCAGCAGCAACAACAACAACAAAAACAACAAAAACAACAACAACCAGCAGCAGCUGCUGCCUUGGCGCCUUAUCGUGCCAUACAGCCCCAGCCUCCGAAUUCGCAGCAGUCCCAGCAGCAGCAGCAGCAAGCAACACCAGCUCUGUCGGCCCAGUCGCAGCCGGAGCUUACCACGUCGACGGUAUCUGGGGCCCCGGCCAACCCCACCGUUGCUGCUUUCGCUUCGGUGAAGCAACAACAGGCCCAGCACGCCUUUGUCAAAGCAGACACGAAGGAGUGCGCCGAGUCGAAGCUCCGCGUGGCCGCCGUAGGAGCCAAGUGUUCCUGCACCAGUCCGGCUCAUCGCCACCACCACCAUCACCACCACCUGCACCACCAUCAUCAUCACCAACAACAACAACAGAACCAGAGCGCCAACAGCGGCCCGAGGUUGGCGUUGCAGCAGCCAGUGAUCGAUGACUCGACCGCGCUCCCGGUAGCCACGUCAUCGCUGUCGACGACGACGGUAACAACGACGGCACCGGCAACUUCGGUGGCCAGUUGCGAGACGGUCAAGCUCGAGAGCGUGUCGCCGGCGAGCAGUGACGAAGCCUCCGGGCCGAGCAGUGCUUCCUCGCCGGCGAGUUCGGCGUCGGCCAAGCUCCACCACCAUCGGGGCCUCAAGCUCGAGAACAGCAGCGUCAAGUGCGAGGCUUGCAGGAGGCGCCCCGACGAGACGGAGGAGCUAGCGAGCCGGCACCACCACCACCACCACCACCACCAUCACCACUCGCGGGAGCAGCACAGGGAGGACGAGGCGACGCUCGUGGUGGGUAUGCAGUUGCAGGCCGGCGAGCACGUGCCCUGCGCCACGAGCUGCCGCGUCAAGUGCGAGAUCGGCUACAAGUGCGAGAUGUUCAAGUGCGAGCAGUGCGUCAAGGAGGCCGGGCAUAUGGCUAGUAUGGAGAUUGACAAGGACUCGGGGAUACUCGAGGACGACGCGGGCAGCGCCAAAAUGGAUGCCGACGCCGAGGUCAAGGAGGAGGAGGAGCUCGAGGCCAUCCAGUCGAGCACAUCGCCGUGGAAAAAGAAGCCGGACUACGAGCCAACGGCAGCUGAGCCGGUGUUGACGAACGGCUCCGUGAACGGGGACGGGAACGACGAGAUGGACGAGGAGCCGAGGGAUGAGUCCAACUCGGACGGCCGAGAGAACGUCGUACUUGGCAAAAGCCAGCCGAACAGCAGCAUCGACAGCUCGGCCGUAGAAACCGAGGCGGCGUCUUUGGAGCAGAGCCGGACAAAGCCGAGCAAGCGGAGAAAGUUGUCGCUCGACAGCCUCGCCCCGGACGCCGUCAAGGCCAAAAAGAGCAAGCGCACAAUGUCCGUCAGCUCGCCCCGGGAACUCGAUCAGCAGGAAACCACCGCGCCACCGACAACUACGUCCUCCGUACCCACGAUUCCGGUGCUGGUCAACGGCGUGGGCGAGAAAAACCAACUCCCCGAGCCCGUCGUCGCCAAUGGAGCUGUUGCCGGUCACUUGGACUCGCCGUCGAGUGCAAAGGAGUCGUCAUCGUCGAGUGCCACGAAGAAAAAGCCCAGCAAAAAGGAGUCCCAGAAGCGCAAAGCCGAUGUGAGCGCUGUCAGUACCGAGUCGCCUCUGAAGAAGUCGAAAACGAGCAACGGCGGCAAAACGGUGGCGAGCGAGAGCUCGAUCAUGGAGACGAUCAACACCGUGAUCCAGCAGAGCAUGGAGAUGGCCCAGAAGCAGGUCUCGGCGACGAAAGCGAGGAAACAGCCAAAGGUCAACCUACCAAAGAAGAGCAAGAAAAACGGGGCUGGCUUUCUGUCGACGAUAAAGCGGGCCUCGAAAAAAAUCGAGCUCGACGUCAGCGAGAAGGUCGGCCUGAUCAAGACGAAGCUCAACAGAAAGCUCGCCGGCGCGGCCAAGACCAAGAAAAAGAGCACCAAGAAAGCCAGCAGUCAGUGUACCAAUGGCAAGGUACAGGAUACCAGGACGAAGAACAACAACAAGGUCAAGGCCAAGCUGCUCGAGGUCAGGAAAAAAGUCAUACAGAACGCGAAGAACACGUGCAAACUCGCCGACAUCAAGAACAACAAGCUGGUCCAGGAGGCCAAGAACAGCAGCAGCAAGCUACUCGAGGCCAAGAACAACAAGCUCAACGAGGCCAAAAACAAGUCGGCCGCUGUUUCUACCCCCAUAGUCGCUGCUGCUGCUGCUGAUCCCGCUGAAGUCGUCAAGAGCACCAAAGUCGUUGCAGAGUCGAGGGCUGCGAGACCCAAGAGCCUCGACUCCAAGGAUGCCAAAGCCAGUCCUUCUGUGGUUCCCGUGGCCUCUGCUAAGGGUCUGCCCAAGGAGUGUCCCAAAAAGCCCGCCAACAAAGCAAUCGAAGCGACGAGCACGACUAUAGCUGUGCCCCCAUGUGUGGCUAAGGUUACCAAGAAGAAGGGCAGAACGUCCAAGAGCAAGACUGGGAGAAAGGGCUCCGGGAUCAUGAGCAGGCUCGAGGAGCUGGCGGAGGUGACGGCCAGCAAGUGCCUGCAGAUGCCCAGGAGGCCCUUUCUCAAGCCUAAGUGGAGCAACGGCUGGAACUGGGAGGGCGAGGCGUUCGAGGCCAAGGUUUAUCUUAACAACGAGUCGUCUGCCGUUCGCCGGUGUUACGUUAGCAUGAGGCACGAGAGCGGAGACGUGCUGCGACCGCUGGACUGCGUUUUGCUCAAGAGCGGCAUCAGAAAGGCCGAUCUGCCUUACGUAGCAAAGAUCGCCGCGCUCUGGGAGAACCCUGACGACGGUGAGAUGAUGUUCUCGCUGCUGUGGUACUACAGACCGGAGCACACGGAACAGGGCCGCACGAAAUUCGAUACCGACGACGAAGUGUUUGCGUCCCGGCACCGGGACGCCAACAGCGUCGCCUGCAUCGAGGACAAGUGUUACAUUCUCACCUUCACCGAGUACUGCCGGUAUCGCAGUCAUCUGCGUAGGAUGGAAGAGGGUAUGGACAAUCCAAGCCUUACGAACAUGGUGCCUCGGGGCCGGGACGACUAUUACCGCGAGUCUCGCCAGCCUCCGAUGCCCGUGUCACCGGACAUGGUCCUGUUCUGUCGGAGGGUUUACGACUACCGCGGCAAGAAGCUCGUCAAGCAUCCUGGAUGACUCGAUUACCCGAGUGGCGAGAGUCAGCAGAAAACCAUUUCCAAAAGUGGCAAGAAAACAGUCGCGCCGAAAGAGCAGUAGCAGCUUCUGUGAGAAAGGGACUCGAACAAAAAAAAAAAAAAAAAAAAAAAAAAAAAAAAANAAAAAAAAAAAAAAAAAAAAAAAAAAGAAAAAAAAAAACAAAGAAACAAAAAAAAUAUAGAUAGACAAUGUCGUCAAGUAUAUUGACGCGUAGGGAGCACACAAGCGGAGCAGUGUGACAGUUGUUUGUAAAGCACGACCGAGUCCCCAGUGGAUUUGACAGUUUUAAAGUUAAAUAAGAACAAUAUUGAUACGAUGGCAAAAAAAAGCAACAAGUGAGUGAAGAUGGAGAAACAGAGAAAUGAGAUAAUAUUUUUUUGCGAAAAUAGUCUUUACACGCGCAUCACGAGAGUGGCAAAUUGGAAAUAGAAGAGAAGUAAGACAGGAGAAUAUUUUUCAACUAGCACUUUAGCGUAGAAUGUCACUAUUCGCGCGGGAGAUUACAGAAAAAAAACAAAAAAGGAGGUGAAAUAAAGAUUUAAAAUAAUUCAAAGAGAAGAAGCCAGGGGCAUUGACCAUUUUCAGCGGUAAGGUAUGUCGAUGAAAAUACCUCUGUUGUAAACUUGUAUUAUAAAUUUGUCUCCUAAGGGAUGCUUCACACUAGCAAUUGAUUGAUAUUUUUUUUCUUCUUCUAUACUUUAUUUAUCAUUGUUUUUUUUUCUACGUGCUUUUUUGCUCGACUCGAUUAACUUUUCAGAGGAAGAGAGAACCAUUUUUUGAAACGAAUGCGAUGGAUUGACUGAUGCGUAUGGUCAAUAUUUUUUUAGAAUUUAUUUACCAUUUGUAUUUUGAUUUGGAUUUUUUUUUUAAUACUAACGCAUAAGUAAGACAUUUUCAUACAACUACUUGUUACGCUUGAUACUGUAGAAGUACAAUUUUUUUAAUUGCCCAUAAUUCUUACGAAAUAUUAUUCAUAUAAAAUUUUUUCGAGUGAAAAAUUGUGAGCUGAUCACACGGAAUCUGAAUACUGAGUAUUUGAACGCAAGUACUAGCGAAUAAUCAUCGUAACAUUUUUUAAAAGUCUCUAAUAUUUUUUUAACCAAUUUUGAGCUCUACUGCUGUACUCUAUAUAGAUCACAUUGAUUUGUUUUUUUAUAGAUCGAAAACUAUAACUAAUGGCUUACCAUUUUUCCUAAAUAUAAAUUAUUAACGAGGUACGCAACACAGCUAGCAUGCAAAUUUUAUUCAUACAAUAAUCACAAAACAACUUAAAAGUAGGUGACAAACAAGUUACUAAAUUUUUUUUUCAAACAUCUUGUACAUUGUACAUGCCGAAGAUGAUUCUCUCUUCUAAGGGCCUUGACAACCUGUAAAUCUUUACAAACGAUUACACAAUGUGUAAGCUUCACACGAAUUAUCGCGGUUGUACAUGUUUUGCUACGUAAAUGUUUAAUAAAUGAUUUAUACAAAUUAAAACAUAGUAUUGAUACGGUGUUAUAUAAACGUGACACUGUAGGUCAAUGUGAUGACAAAAAAAAGAAGCGAACUUUUUUUUAUUUUGAUGCACGAAUGAUUGUUGCAGUUAUUAUU